GAAGGCUACGUCAAGAUUGUUCAGGGCGAGGGCAUGCCCAUAUCCGAAACUCCCGAGAAGAAGGGUGAUCUACAUAUCAAAUUCAAGUACAUCUUCCCUGACCGGCUCACACAGGAACAGAAGUUGGGAGUAGAGGCGGCCCUCUACCGGAAUGGAGAAAUUCUCUCCUUCACUUAG